AUGUCUUUGAAAUUAACAGCAUUUCGUUUAUUAUCACCUACAAUUGGUGGUUUUUCACAACGAACAUUUUUUGCUUUCCGAAUGAAUCAAUUUGUAAAUUUACAAAUAAAUAAUACACAACAAACAGACCCAUUUGUAUUACAACCUGAAAGUAAUACGCAAUAUAAUUUCAAUACAUAUAAAGUGGUUAAGGAUUUGGAAGGUCAAGGGUUAACUAGAGGACAAGCAAACUCAAUAAUGAGAUGCAUGGAAGCAGUAUUAAUCAAUAGAAUUGAAGCUGUAAAAUGGGAAAUGACUAGAUUAGUAUUUAUGGGAGUAUUUGGGAUUUCGGUGGUUGGAUUAUUUAUAUGGUUUUUCUUAUCAAAUAGAAAAUCAACAAAAAAUUCAGCAUCUUCACCUUCAACAUCUGCUACCACCACUACUGAUAAUGAAAAUUUUAAACCUUAA